AAACAUGGGCAAGAGAGACCUGCUAGCUUUCCUGAAAAUAUUGGGAACGAAACCAGUGACGAAACCCAUGCUGUUUCAAUGAUUAGCUAGCUGAAAUAAAGAAACUAGUACAUACAUACAAACUAUUACCCAAGAGAUUUAUCAAGAAUGUCUGGAUGCAGUCUUAAUAAACCAUAUACCGGCAACUGAUUUAAAGAGACAAUAUGUUUGAUCAUUCAAACAACCAACGAGUGUCUUCUAUACAGUUCAAUUGACGUAGCUAGCUCUCAAGAUAACGCCAGCCAGCUAAGAAGAAAAAACACAAAAUGCCGAACGCCACGACACGACCCAAGCGGUCAAGACGCAGUCGGCGGGCCCCAAGAGAAGACACCGCGAGGAAUGAACUGGUGUCGCGAUCCCUGGAGAGUGCUCAGCAGUGCCUUUAUAGUCAGGACUACGGCACAGCAUUCGUCCACUACCUCUUGGUCCUCAAUCUUGAGCCUCUGCUGAAAGACUUCGCAAAGGAUUCUUUUAGGUUCACUCUUUUCAAGUGGGCAGAGGAACUGGACUCACUGGGGCGCAUUCAGGAUCUUUUUGACAGCUAUGAACAAGCUUUGGAGUUGUUCCCCGUGGAUGAGGUCAUCCUGAAUAGUAUGGGGGAGCACCUCUUCAGAAUGGGCUUUAGAGACGAGGCCGCUGGCCAUUUCCACAAAGCGCUGAAGUUGAGACCUGACUACCCCGAGGCUAAAGAGAAUUUCUACCGUGUCGCCAACUGGCUUGUAGAGCGAUGGCACUUCCUAAUGCUCAAUGACCGUGGGCGAAAUCACAAGUACCAGCUGGCCAUCCAGAAGGCAGUGCGUGGGGGCUGUAGUACUGUGCUUGACAUCGGCACUGGCACUGGCAUACUAGGGAUGUGUGCUAAGAAGGCUGGAGCAGCCGAGGUGUACGCCUGUGAGCUGUCUAAGACCAUGUACGAGCUGGCUGGGGAGGUGGUGGCUGCCAAUGAUAUGGCAGGCAGCAUCAAAAUCCUCCACAUGAAGUCUCUGGAGAUGGAGAUUCCCAAAGACAUUCCCAAGAGGGUGUCGUUGGUUGUCACGGAGACUGUAGAUGCAGGGCUGUUUGGUGAAGGCAUCAUUGAGACUUUAAUUCAUGCCUGGAACCACCUCCUCUUGCCACCUCAGAAUGCACAGGAGACACCUGCGAGCCCCUCUGAGACGGGCCGUGUCAUCCCUGCUGGAGCCACAGUCUUUGGAAUGGCUGUGGAAUGCCAGGAGAUCCGGAGACACCACAGGCUCUGUGUGCCUGCUGUGGGUGGCCUGGGUGUGAGUGCAGUAGGGGAGAUCCACAGCCCCGUGAGCUGUUCGGCAGAUGCAGAUGACUCCACGGAGCCCUACACGACUGAGAGGCUGAGCCGCCUGCCUGGAGGGUACAAGCCCCUCACCAGCUCCUUCCGAGCUCUGGACAUCGAUUUCAACGACCCUCAGGAGCUGGAGAGUCUGUGCUCCAGAGACGUGAGCCGGCUGAAUCUGACAGUGACCCAGGAGGGCAUACUGGACGCCCUGGCUGUGUGGUUCCAGUUGCAUCUGGAUGAGGACAACAGUCUGUCCACGGCCCCACAGGAGAAGACGUGCUGGGAGCAGGCCAUCUACCCCAUCCAGGGCCCACUGGACUGUUCAGUAAAGCCCGGUGACAGGCUGCUGGUGGAGGUCUCCUGCAAGGACGCUUAUCUGAGGCUGUGCUGUGUGGCUGUGGUGAGGGACGGGUGCGUCCUCCGCCUGGACACCUGGGAAGGAGGAGACGUGUGGGGCUCUGACUCCGCUUCCAACCCUGAGGUGGAGCUGUGCAGCGCUCUGGCAGGCCUGCAGACGGAUCGCGAGGAACCUCCCGAGGCCUUCAUGCUGGAGUGCUCAGAACUGGCCUUGCUUAACAACACACAUUACCACCAGAACUUCCAGGCAGCUAUGGGCAAACUACUGACUCAACUCAAAGAGGCACGCAGUGGGCUGCAGGACCCUGCCCAGAGCUCAGAACCAUUGUAUGUGCUGGACGUGAGCGAGGGCUUCUCCCUCAUAUCUCUCAUGGCCGCUAGGCUCGGUGUAAAUCUAGCCGAAGGGUCUGAAUCGGGCUCGGCUCUGGUUCGGGCCUACAGCUCGGUGGAAAAACUGCCGCACCAGACUAUCCUGCAUCUCUUGGCCCAGGGGAACGGAGUGCCUGUGAAGGCGCUUGAGUUUUGGCUCAAUCAUGUAGAGGACGAUUCCGCUGUUCUUCAGAGGCCGGCCACAGAGAAACUGUGGAGUGCCAUCGUGCUGGACUGUGUGGAGACGUGUGGGCUGAUUAGACAGAAGCUAAUGGAGAAAGCCACGCUGGCCAGGUGUCUGUUGGAGAAUGGUGGGCGUAUUUUCCCAGAACGCAUUGUGAUCUAUGGGAUGCUGGUGGAGUCUGAUAUGCUGCUCCAGGAGAGUGCAGUCCAGGGCCGAGAGCCAACAUUGGGCUUUAAUAUUGCUCCCUUCAUCAACCAGUUCACGGUGCCUAUCCAUGUCUUUCUGGAUCUUUCUACUCUGGAGUGCACACACCUCAGCGAGCCAAAAGAACUCUUCAUUCUAGAUCUCAUGAAUACACACAACAAUUACCCUGCCAGAGAAGUGAUGGUGCAGGUGUCUGCCUCGGGCAGAGUGACAGCCAUCCCCUUCUGGUACCAGAUUCACCUGGAUGGAGAGUUGAGCGUCAGCACCUUCAGUCAGGAGUCCCACUGGAAGCAGGCAGCCGUGGUGCUGCAGGACCCUCUGUGUGUGACCGUGGGGGAGUGGGUCAGGCUCUCUGUUCAGAUCCACAAGAGCAGCCUCUCCAUCUCUGCCGCCAAGGAGGACGGACCUGUCGCCAUGGAUGCAAGCAAGGGUGAGGACGUUGUUGCGAUGGACACGGCAAAAGAAGAGGGUGCUGCCAUGGAUACUGUUAAGGCGGAGGGUUCUACUGUGACGUAUACACCUUCAGCAGGGGGAACUGCUGCCACAGAGUCCUGUAGGCUGGAAGGGUUUUUCAUGGACUCCAUGUCCCCUAAGACUUGACCCCAGUCUAGAGGCUAAAGACGCAUGAGGUCCAGGAUAUUUGACAGGAUCAAGGAGCUAUUUAGGACUACUGUUGUGGGAGCUGUGGGACAAUCUUAUUGAGGCUCUGCAAUGAUGUGCAAAAAAUAACAUUAGUGUCUGUUCUUUGUAUUGCUUAAUGAGCAGUUAAUGGAUUUGCCUGUGCAGUUCAAAAGUGUAGGAAACCCUGAAAGCCGUUUAGAAAGCGGUCUCUCUCAAGGCACAAUGCUUUACGGAAGCAGUGCUGCGAAAUUAUAAAAGCAAGGAGGAAUUUUUAACAAUUUUUAAAGAAAAUAAAAUUAUGAACAAUUUGUAUAUUAGGUCUCUGGUGUUUAAAGGUUACAGUAGCCAGGAAUAUGAUUUGAGCCAAACAGGCUACAAACAGUGAUGCUCAGAAACAAAACAGAGGUCAAUUACAGAUCCAUUUCUCUGUAAUAUUUAAUGUUUGACAAUUGUUAGGUAAGGCAAUGCAACAUAGCUGCACAUAUGAUUACAGUAAACACAUCACAUUUGAUAUGAGCAGUACUGCAAAUAUUAUGAUGAGCUACCAAAACAAAACAAAAACUGAGAAGAUAGUACUUUGAUCAUAAAAUGAUCAAUAAGCUAUAUGGUCAUCCUUUCCUACUGAGCUACAAGUCAAUGCAAAGAUUCCAGAUGUUAAAAAUUGUACAUCUCUGUUUAUUACAACACGUAUGAGCAACAAACCAAUAGAAAUGUAACUACAAGUGAAUACACUAAAUCUUUGGUUAAAAAAAACCAUCAGAUGAGGUGGUCCAGAACAUGUCCAUUAAUGCAGGGAACUGAACUGCAAGAGAAAUUGGUUUUAAGAAUUUGGUUUUCCAUAAUUUGAAAAAGAGCCAGUGUAAUUGAAGAAAACUUGGCUUACGGUUUUCAAUUUAAAUGUUGGGGGGGACUAUUGCUGUUUGUACAUAUGCUCAUGUGUUUAAAGAAGAAAAAAAAAAAGAACUUGGCAUUAUGCAUGGUUUCAUGAUAGCACCACAUAAAAGGUGCAGGAAACAAAUGAACAUUUCUGUGGUGGUUGGUAGAAUACAGUGAGAAGUUUCUUGUGUUGUUCCUGUAAUUCCUGAUGUCUUGUCAUGUUGCAUGCAAACUGUUGUGUACAUCUGCCAUGUAUGAGUCUGCAUGAAACAGAAAUAUGGCUGGCCUCCAUUUGCCUAAUGUAACUCCACUACAUGUACAUCUCCCAAAUAUAUACAUUUUAUUACCAUGGAAA